AUGGAUGAUAUAUUUGCUGUAUUAUACAAAGAUAAAAUAUUAAAAAUCAGAAAAGAAGCUUUCGAUGAAAUUACAAAAGAAAUCGAAAAAAGCAAAGAUGCAAAAAAAUUACUUGAUAAAAAACUAGAUGAAAAAAUCAAAAAAUUAAAUUUAUCAGAAGACAAUAUCGAAAAAUUAACAAAAAUAUUAAAUGAUAAAAUAUCUUCUAUUAUUAAAAAAACCAAUAAUGGAUUCCUAAAUGAAAUAAAAAAUUUACAAACCGAAAAAGAACUAGAGAAUUUGAAAAAAAUAAUAACAGAACAUGAAUUAUUAUCUAACGAACAAAAAGAAAAUAUUAAAAAUAAGAUAGAUGAAAAAAUGACUGAAAUUAAAAAAGAUUCUCAACCACCAAAAAAACCUAAUCCUAAUGAAGACAUCCUCGUUAAAGAAAUAGAAAAAACAUUAUAG